AUGACGCUCGAUGACAAUCACUUUCGCUGCGACUACCGAUAUUUCCCGGAGGCGAAGGGUUGGCUGAAAUUGCACCGCGUGCCUUCCAAUUGGUUCGAAGCCCGGCUGAGAUGCCACCUCGAAGGGGGCAAUCUCGCGUCUCCCUCGAACAUCAAACUGCGAAAAGCCAUGGGCUUUCUGAUCGAGGAGGCAACAGGCGACAUGACGUGCGGUGUCUUCACCGGCAUCCACGCGUUCUUUUCGAGGGGAGACUUCCAAUCGAUCGAAGGAGUUCCCCUGAGGAAGAUACCCCAUACAUGGGCCGACGGAGAACCCAACAACUUGAAAGACCAGGAGAGCUGCAUAGCUCUGUUGCCGGACGGUAACUUGGCAGACGUGAACUGCCAUGAACCUUUGCCCUAUAUCUGCUAUAAGGAAAAAACAAACAAGAUGUCGGUGUCCGGUUGUGGUACUACCGACAAAGAGUACGCGUACGCGGAAACCGGCAGCUGCUACAAGUUCCACGAGCUGCAGCGCACGUGGUCCCGUGCGUCCAUGGUGUGCGCGGCUGAGGGUGGCCACCUGGUCGUCAUAAACAGCGACCAAGAGGCCCAAGUGGUCAAGGACAUCUUCGCGAAGCACCCCGGUGAACUCGCCUUCGUAGGCGUCUACGAUUGGAACGAGCACGGCGAGUGGCUGACCAUCCAUGGGCAAUCGCUAGCGGAGGCCGGCUACGCUAAGUUCGCCCCAGGCGAGCCCAACAACGGCACGGCCGCCGGCGAGUUCUGCGUGGGCGUGUACCGAAGCGCGCUCUACAACGACGUCUCGUGCGAGAGCAAGUACGCGUUCAUCUGCGAGAAGAGCCCGAAGAGCCUGCUGUGCGAACCG